AUGAUUUGGAAUAAUCUUGACUCGAGUUCCUUGGUUGAUCGAAGCGAAGUGGGAUCCAACAUAGCCUUUUGCAUUGUAAUAUGCACCUUAAUAGCAAAGGCAUAUAAACGCAAUUACAAUUCACGUGAAAGUGGAACUAACGACGCGGACCUGUUCAAAGCUGAAAUCGAACCUGUCACUCUGACGAUAAAGAAGAAAGAAGUGAAAGUGGAAGUAGACGAACAUCCUCGUCCGCAGACCACUUUGGAGUCACUUAAGAAACUGCCGCCUGUGUUUAAAAAGGAAGGAUUGGUCGCUGCCGGAUCAGCCUCGGGUAUUAGUGACGGAGCUGGUGCCUUGGUCUUAGCCAGUGAAGGGGCAACUAAGAACCUCAAGCCUCUCGCUAGGCUGGUUGGGUGGUCUUACGUUGGAGUAGACCCUAGUAUCAUGGGUUUGGGACCCGUUCCUGCUAUCGAAAACCUACUUAAGGUCACCAAAUUGUCUCUGAAUGAUGUAGACCUAAUUGAGGUAAGUUCCAGUUUUUAUUUAUGGACAAAGGUAGGAUGGAUCUAUGUGUCCUUCAAGAAAUGCAGAAAUAAAGGAGGGAUAGUGCUAGCUCCAGCUCCCCAGCCCAAAACCCCAAGUCCAUUGAUCAUGGUGGUGUGA